AUGGACAAAAUUAUCAAAGAUGUUGGUGACAUUCAGUCCCGGCUGCUUGACCACAGGCCCAUUAUCAAUGCAGAGAUCCGUUACUUUGUGAGAGAAUUUGAGGAGAAAAGAGCUCACCGGGACAGCCGACUACUGGAAAACUUAAGUAAAGUGGUGCAAGAAGCAAAUGACCAAGUGCUCCCUUCAGAUUUAGACGGUGUGAAGCAGCAGCUCUCCGAUGUCAUUGCUCGAUUGAAGGCGGCUAAUCACAUGGCGGAAAGAGUCCAGCAGAGAGAGCUAGAAACACAGCAGAGUGACAAGCUGCAGGAAAACAUGGAGCGUAUAAAAGUUGACUGGGCAGACUUCCUGAAGGAGCAGCAGCGAUUGAAGGAAGAAGUGGCCGAAGAGCACGCCAAGGACGUUGGACUCUUAAGUACUAGGUACAAUGAGAAGAAGAAGGACCUUGACAAAUUGUUGUCAGAUGUUUAG